AUGCUGUCGCGCUCGGAUCGUCACCGCCGAUCCUUGGCCGUCUUUGUGGGCCAGCCACCUGGCUCACCGGUGCUUGAGCCUUGUCCGCUACUUUUCAUGGCAGACGAAUGGAUGCAUGGGCCGCUCCUGUGGGGACAGAUUGCCGCGGCCUUGGGUUUCCGUGACGACGUGUUUUUCGUCACCACUCUCCAGAGCCCCCUUCCAGGCUUGCCAGGGGAGCAGCUCCUCAUGACGCCACGGUCUCUACCGUGGCGAUAUGCUUGGCUCCCGGUGGACUUGAGAGCGGUUGGGGGUCGCAUCUGUAUGUUGAUGUGUGUGCGCGACUCUUCCUGCCAAGCUAUUGCUCAGCUUGCUAUUACGGCGCAGGAACUUCAGCUCCGGGUCGAUGGUCUUCUUGGCCGCUGCCAUUGGGGUUGGCUUACCUUGAGUUCGCAACCACUCUUCCUGCAAGGGGUUGAUGCUCUCCAAUUCGCGUCUGGUCCCGGCCCAGAGUCACUGCAAGCCCCUCUCGGUGCUUCUCUGGAUCCGCCUCUGUCUCUCCUCUCAGCUAUGCAGGUCAGUCUCCCAUCGGGCCAAGCCGGGGCCGAUAUUUUCCAGGGAUACUCAAACAACCAGGCGAUCCUCAUAACACCGAAUGGCCUUGUCUAUGUUGAGGUGCCCGUCUUUGCUGACGCGGCGACUUUCCGUAGAAUUGUGUCGUUUCGUGCCUCGCCUACUGCUCGAGGUGGGGUCAUGCGCAUUUGGCAACCCUUGCCAUCGUUGCCAUUGGUGCAGUUCCUUGAAAUCCACUGUCACUCCGACGAAGUUCCGUGUAUUUUGGAUUUCAGGCCUUUGGGGUGGCGCAUUGUCACUGCGUGUGUGCGUCCCCCGAUCACUGCCUUGCGUAUGCUUGAUGAGGCCAUCAGGCGUAAUAAUGGAGGCAUUCCUGCUGACUGGUUGGACCAGUGCGCUGACGGCCGUUUUGGGCUCCUCCAUCGUGAAAGCAUCGUUUUGCCCGAUCAGUUGCUUCACGGGAACUUGCCAGUUGUGGUCAUGUUCUUCCCUCAUAUCUUCAGGCAGGACUCCUCUUCGUCCUCUGAACAGCAAGUCGGAGGGCGGCCACCUCCAUCUGGUGAGGAUGCCGACGGCCGUCCACCGCGGUCCAAGUUCACAGCGCCCCUGGGUCUCCGCGCCAAGUCUUGCAAGGGGCGUCACUUGCCCGGGAUCGUGAUCUUGCUGCCCCCCCCUUUGGCCCAUGUCGAUCUACAAGGGAUGUGGCAACGCACGGGCGACUUUGGUGACGCCUUGCUUUGGCCCAGCCUCGGUGAUUCAUCCCGCCGUUUCCUUGUCACGUGCAAAAUUUGGGCGCCAGAGUCCUCCCUUGUACUUCAAUUUCUCGGGGAUAUGGAUGCAGGGGAAGUCGCAGCCGAGCUUCACAGGCAAGCUGUCCGUCUGGGGAGGCCACACCUGGUUGCAGCCUCCACCGGUCCUACUUUUGAUAAGGUCCAUUUAGUUGCGGCAGCAUCGGGCCGUGAACACAUCACUGUUCUCGUUGAUGCGUGUGUCGAUAUUUGCUGUGUCGACUUACCAGCUGCCUACACUUCCCGGGAUGUAAUUGUUGCGGUAGCGCAGUUCCUCCAGCAUGAUGCCUUUCAGAUUCUUUGGGGGCGCGGCCUACGAUUACGGCAUGGCGAUGUUGUUACUGUGAAGCCCGCUCGACCGACGCAGCAUUUUGACAUCUCGUCUCUUUUGUUGCCACUUCCCAAGUGCUCUACUGCUGCAUGGCUGGCGCCGGUACGCCACGUCUCUGUGGUUCAGGCCGCGGAAGGGGUGCAUACUUUUAGUGUGCCAGCUAGUACUACCGUGACGGCUGAGGUACUGCGUCUUCUUAUGUCCAAAACCUGCACCGGCAAAUUUUCGUUCUUUGAUCUGCCCUUCCCAGAUGUGCUGCCCCAUGCUUCGUUUGUGGCAAUCGGCCGCCGGCAAUGCGUUGUGGUCUACAGAGUCAACGACCGUGCGGACCCUGCCUCCCUGGGGUUGAUCCUGUGCUUUGAAGGCCGCUUCGUGUCUUAUGACGAGUUUUUGCUGCAGCUUGCCUCUCGGACGGAACUCCCUGCUCGUCUUCUCCGGUCUCUCCAGUCCCACGGGAUGACGGUUGUUCUAGGAGCCCUCCCGAUGAUUCCGGGUGAUAACGUUUGGGAGCCUGACCCCUUCAUUGUCGAGGGAGAAGGUGUGGGGAUUCACCAUGCUGCUGUCCUGCGGGUCAACGACCUAGCCCGGGAUCUAGCUUACCAUGCAGCGCGUCUGUGGCAAGGACUGGCCGAGCCAGACGCUGAACCAGUUGGCGACUCCGGACGCGGGCUCCAAGCCUCUGCCACCCCGACUCGCCCGGUUGACCUUCUUGACCUUGACCCCUCUCGAGGGGACAGAGAUGCAUCCCCUGCCGCCGCUUGGUGGAUCCUAUGUUUCGGCCGUCAAGCAGGGACUUUCCUGAGACAUCUUCACCUCGUUGGCUGCGUUCUCCUGCUUCCGGGGUGGGUGUCCGCAUCUAUUAUCUCACCUCCUGGUUCAAGUUCAGAUGAAGAGGGCAGUUCUCCAGCCACAGUGACCACUUUCAAUGCGGCGACCCAUGGAGCUGGCCGAGCCCCUCAUGUGCGUCCUGCCGGGCCUCCGCCGCCCAUUCCGGCCAACGCGCCACCGGUCGCAUCUCGCAUUCUCUAUCUGCAGGCUGCUACCCCUGUGGAAGACUACUCCUUGGGUCAGUGGCCACCGGUUGGCCCUGCUCGGGCUACCGUUUCUCCUUCUGCCGUUACCACUGUGCAAGUCCAACUGUCCCAGUUUCAACAUGGGGUUCGAGCGGUUGUUGACGCCAUCCCUCCAGGUACGCCCAUCUGCAUACACAAUCCCUUCACGGCGCGUGCACAAUGCAGCUGGUUGGAAUAUCAUGCCGGGGUGGAGAUUUCGCCCUUUACUGUGUUUCAAGACCAUGCCAAUCACCGUGGGUGGAGAGGCCUUGCUCUCUUACAUCCACAACCGGAUGCCCUGGCGGUCCACCUCAUUGGCCAGCCGCUUCAUCCUGACAAUGCUGCGGUCGGGAUUGUAUUGAGAGAUCGGUUGGUCCCUUGUUGCCUACCGCGCUGUGUUCGGGCAUCUGCCUUACAUUCGCUCCAUGUCGGGGACGAUGUCUGUGAUCUCCACUUUUCUGGGUUGAUCCAUGACGAAGCCGAUACCGUGCAGCUACGGGAUGGAGACUGUUUAGGUGCUCGCAUCAGACCCCCACGCCCCUCUGCUACCCGACUGGAGGUUGCCUACGCCACGCCCGCCUCAGCUGACGCUGGCGCGCCCGUUGCAGAGGAUCGAUCCUCAUCCAUACUUGGCGCCCUCGGUUGGGCCGCUUCACCCUUGCGGUACCUUGGACUCUUCCUCUUUGGGCGUGGCUGGCGUCAUGCAGGGCCUGGAUGGAUUGUGGUCUGCUUUGGCACCCUAGCUGUCUCUGCUAUGCACCGCCCUGGCGGUUUUCCAUGGGGUGAGCACCCCCGUAAUAGAGAGCUCCGUGAUAUCACGGCCCACGACCCGGUUUAUGUUGUCUUGCAUAGCCCCUUCCUUGGCGCUUACCCUGCUUAUACCGCGUCAAGAGAUACGCGCCACCAUGUCAUUUGGGCACAGUUCCUGAAUGAUGAGCCUGCUUGGCCGGCAGACUUCUUCCCGGUGUGGCCGGGCCCGGCAUUCAAUGAACUGUCGAUAGUCCCAAUCGGCGCCGACCCUGCCAUUGUCACUUUGAUGCUGCAGUGGCGAGGCCUCCCUCGUGCAAUCGUCACACCGCGGGUCAUGACAGUUAAAUGGCUCAUGUCCUUGAUCGCCCGUCUUGUAGGGCAACAUGUGGGAGAAAUUGCUGUCCCACAUGGCCUGGCGGUCGCAGAAUUCUUCGAUGUGCCACCCGCCGCACUCAAGUUUCGCAACGGUGAUGUCGUGUACGCACUGGAGGCCCAGGAUGCCGAUGACGAGGCACUGCAGGUGGUCGAACCAUGGCAUCUACAAGAUGGACUCGCAGCCCAGCACGCCCCAUGGGCCUUGGGGUUUCGCCUUAUGUUUGAUGUUCAGGUCCAGUUACUUCGCCCUGACCGGCCGCCGGUCCUCGCGCGGGUGGCUGCCGAAGAAGCUUGGUGCCCUGAAUCUCACUGCUUUUCAGGCGACUUCCAACUGCGCUUUCCGGGCAUGUGGACUCCUGUCCAGUGGACUUCUGCGCGUCAGGUCCAGUUGGUUCAGGUCUGUAAUGUUGCAGCCCAGGUCCACGUCAUUGUGGCCACACCUGGUGAGCGUCUCUGCCGAGUGUCAGACAGGUUUGUCUCUAAAUACACUCUGGCAUCAUCGCUAAAUCUUGACCCCGCCUCUGUCUGCGUGGGUGGGAUUCCGGCAUAUGCGCUUGAACAGUCCUGCGAGCUUCGGAACGGAGAUGUUGUUUUUUGCAAUGCUGAACAGGGCGACAGCUCUGGCUCGGUUGGGCCACUUGCUCGCACCGUCCUGGCCGCUGUCUUGUGGGCUGCCGUCACCCACUGGCCAGACCGGGUCGGCUGGAGCCUCUUGGCAAUGCUUGUGCUUGGCCAGUGUGCAAACCAUGAUGGCACUCUUUUCGGCUGUCACGCUAUGCAGCUUCAGGCCGCCCCUGUCGCAGGCCCUAUGUCGGCUGAGCCAGGAGUCCCUCGAGCAUCUGCUCCAUCCCGACUCAUGCAAGUCCACGUCGCCGACCCCUUUGCGGCCUGGACGGUUGUCCGGGUCGAUGAGUCCGAGAUCUUCCCCAGCCUCCUUGAGGUAUGUCCGGGCGCCCUAGCCUCAUGGCAUCGGGGAUUUGCCAUUGCUGACGCUACCUCAGUGGGGCUACAUGUUGCUGUACCGCACCCUGGACGGGGGUUAGUUUGCGUCCUGAUUGUCGGCCUUGGGCAACGCCUCUGUGUGUUGCUGCCUGCGUUUCUGACUCUCCGCGCAGCUGAGAGGGCAGUUAGCCUCCGUAUGGGGCAGCUUGUGGCUCUCCAGUUAGGUCCAGGUCUCGUUGCCGAGUCGAGACAGCUGGGCGCUUUCCUUGCCCUUCGUACCGGGGAUACUUUGGGUGUUCGACUUGUCAGUACGCUUUCGUUUGCUAUGACCCCUCCUCUGCCUCACUUUCCUACCUGGCAGCGUGCCCACGCUGAAGGCGCGUGGAGGACCGACUUUGUGGUUGACCACCCCUCCUCCCUGCUGCUGUGGCGACCAAAUUGUCCCACCCGAUUACUUUGCGUUGGCCCUAAUCAACGGUGGAGUGCAGCUCAGGCGACUAUUUUAGGGGACGACACCCCCUUCGCAGAGGGACGGUGGACGCCCUGUGUCGGGCAUCAAGGAGUCAUACCAUGGCUCCUUUUGCAAGCUACCGAGCCCUCACAAGUUCAUGUCAUCCGCACCCACAGCUGCACUGAAUGCGUCGCGAUUAACCGUGAUGCUGCCUAUGACAUGUGGAUUGAUGGUUUUCAGGUCCGCCCGCCUACAGCUCGGCCGGACAAGAUCACUCGAAUCCGGGAAGGAGAUUGGUGGCUCAAAGCUGUUGCUAGCGGAGGGGGUCUGGUCUCUGGUGCAUCUAGGGGGUCCCGAUUCUUCCUUUUGUUGGCCGUCUCGUUUCUGCAUUUUCCAGCUGUUUCGGCUGCCUCGUCUUCCGAGGGUUGCCGCAGCCCUGACUCGUCUGAGGCUCGCACCAUCAGGUCCCGAGGGCGCUGGGAUGCGCGCAGCCGGAGUCGAUCGCCACCAUUAGUUGUCCACUUUCCCCCACGAAUUGAUUGGACCGAUGGCGAACCUUUCAUCUUACAUGCUGGCUGGCGCCUCCACGAAGGUGAUGGCCUUACCGCAUUCGACCAAUGCUAUCUGCGUCCAGAUCAGGCCACCGUCCGCACAUUAUGUCCAAUCCUUGGAUGGAGCGCCGCUGAAGCUGCUGAUCUAGGGCGUUCCUGGACAUAUUUUGAUAGGAUUGGGCAACGGUUUUGUGGCAGCUGGGGCACUCGUUUCUUCCCAGUUCGAGGGGUUCGGCCACUCACAGAAGUCGUUCUUGCCCCGGUCGCUCCCUGCGGUUUGGCCACUGUAAUCAUUCACACUUUAGAUGAAACGGGUGCCUUUCUCUUACCGGUCGACACGACCCCGGCUGCCAUUCAGGCGGCUGCUGCAAUGCGCUCACCCCAGGUCAGAUCCUGGCAUCUUAUGCUUCCACCGGCGCUCCGUGCUGUGCAUGAACAUCAGGUCAUUCGACUGCGCAACGGGGACCUCUUUGGGCUGCAGCCUUGUCCUGGUCAGCCGGGUUAUGCACCACGUCCCACACUGAAUUUUCCUUCCCUUGAGGUCGCCCGUCAGGUCGCCAGUUGGUCCCUCCCCUUUCGUUUUGAUACUGGGGACACGGCGACAUUCUGGUCCACCUCUAGCCGGGUAGGGCGCUCGGUCACUAUACGAGGCGGUGGGAUAUGGGACCCGCGCGGACCCACGUUUCGAAGUCUGAAUGGCCAGCAAAUGUUGGGUUCGUGGGUCCCGGUACUACAAGGUGGCCUCACACGUUUGCAUUUUGUCAGUCGGACCCUUCCGGUUGAAGCCCUUGUCAUAUGUUUGAUCCCACCCACUGACGAACCGAUCGGGGUUUUCCUGGCUGGCAUCUGUGCAUGCCGACCCCCCUUUGGCUGGAGACUGGUCCCUUCCAUUCGACGCAGCCGCGCUGGAGGGUCUCUCCGCGACGCUGAUGUCCUCGAGGUUGACCCUGAUGCGACUUUCACCUGGGAUCCCUUUGAUGGUCGCCCCCCGCUUCUUGCUGAAGAUACGCCGGGUCAGGCUGAUCGUCAGGUUGAUCCGGACUCCUCUUGGGACCUUGGCUUUCCGGCUGCCAUCUCCGCUGCGUCCUGCGUUCUUUCCAAACGCAGCUUCAGUUGGGCUCUGCUCCUAUAUGGUUGGCUAUCUCUGUCUGGUGUCUGGGGCAUGUGCCAGCCUGUUGAUACGGCACCAGCCCCGGUUCGCGCUGGCUUUUUCCCUUGGAGGGCCCCCACAGGUCAUGAGAACAUGCAGGAUCUCACUGAGCGGGCCACGUUGGAGGUUGUCUAUGUCAGCCCAUUCACUGGGCCUCAAGUUCUGGGACAGGUCCCAACUUCGGAGUCACCAGAUCACUUGCUUGAUAGGGCAAGUCAGCUCGAGCCUGGCUGGGGAACAGGAAUUGCCCCGGUAUGGCCGGCUACGCCGCUUCCCUUCCUUAUGGUUGUCCCUCAACCGCCUUGCCUUGACCUGGUGUGUGUUGUGGUGUCCUCGCUGGAGGAUCAUUUUGCUCUGUGCAUCCCUCGGGUCGCGCCCCUUGAAUGGAUUGCACAGGUCCUGCGGUACAGCCACUCCCUGCACGCUUUGUCUCUCCGUGCACCGGCUACUGUCCGGGACUUAGCUUCAGACGUCUACUGGCGGUCGGGAGAUUUGCUUGUGGCGCUCCCACCUGCGGUUUUUGAGCCCACGUACUCCCCGCCUUGCUUUGCCACUGCGACCCAGCUUCGGCACUGUGCAAUUUGGUCCGUCGAUUUCUCUGUUUCCUCUACGAUUGAGGUAGUCUUAUGGCGACCUUCGGUGCGGCCACUCCGCUCUCGCAUCCCGGCCCUGGCUCGAUGGAAUGCCUUGGACCUCACCUUUGAGGGUGUGUUUGCCCAGCGGUUCCCGGGUCGCUGGGCGCCAGUUCCGUGGGCCGCCGACGACCUGCCCCAUCUAGUCCAAUGCUCUCAAUCGGCAGAUGAUGUAACUGUUAUAGUUGAAUCCUCUGUUGGGUGCUUCUGCAGUGAGAUUCCAGCCUGUGUUGAUGCGUGGCAGCUUUGGACUGCGCUGCCUACUCUGCCCUCGCAACCGCAAGUCCUUGGGGUCCCUAAGGCCGAGCUUCGCCACGGCACCCUUCUGCGCAACGGGGAUGUUGUGUCAGGGACUUCUCCCCGGGAACAACUCCCCGUGUGGAUCGCCCUUUCGCUUUCACUGCUUUGGCGGUGGCCGUGUUUGGGAGGCGCCAGUCUCCUUUUUAUUCUCACCCCGGAGGUUCGUGCUGUCCGCACUCCGGCCAGUGGGACCAACACUGAGUACUUGCAUCGGGUCUGGAAUCCUGCUGGGAUGGUGCAGGGGCCCUUUCCUGGGCCAUCGCACCGAUGCCCGGACGUGCUACGCCAUAGUAUCCCUGCAUGGGAUCAUUUCGUUCGAGUACGCCCGACUCAACAUGUUGCCUUCAUUGACUGGGUCCCGGCCCCUCCGGACCCGGACUCUGUGAUUGUGCUCCUUCACGGCGGAGUGAGCUCGCGUGCUGUUAUGCUGCCAUGGCGAGCUUCGCCCCAGGAAGUCUUAGAUCGUCUCCGUGCGUUCGCACCUUUAGCCUCUUCCGUUUCCGCCACUCCAGCUGCAUGGAGAGGUACCUCUCUCUCCAGAUCUCCCAUUCUUUACCUGCGCUCUGGGGAUGUGCUCUGCCUUGACAGCGUUUCUUGGUAUCCUCGCCUUCGUCAGCCGCGGACCCUGGAAUGGCCCACGGUACAGUUUGCGGCCGCCUUCGCGUUUUGGGGGCACUCCUUUAAAGUACUUGAGCCGGGCCUUAUAUUUGCCUGGCAAUCUGGGGCAGUCUUGCCGCUCUGCGUACCUACCGUACGAGGUGAGCGAUGGGACCCCAGCAGGGGGACCUUCUUUCCCUCUCUUGCACCUUUCAGCUUUUCUAGAUGGGUUCCCGCUGUUCGGGUCGACCCUCUGGGUCUGCAUCUGGUCGAAGAGAGUACACAAGGUACGAUUGCACAUACACUGGCUUGCACGUACCCCCCGCGGGUUUGCGCGACUGAGGUAUGUCUCAGUCCUUAUGCACCCCGCGAUGGGGAUGAUUUUGGCCGGCGAACCACUGGGAUUCCCGGGCUAGGUCUUUGGAUAGGCUUUCUUACCCAGGGUGCAAGGCUGCGGUGCCGGCCCGCCUUUUACAUUCUCGGCCUGCUCUGGUUGCCCCUUUUUGUUGGGUCGGGCCCUAUGCCACACCCCCAUGCUUGGAGACCGGGGCUUGUCAUAUAUCCCGAUCUCGGGAUCUCCCAACUCAGCGGACGUGCUUUCUCGUCUUGGGAUCAUCUCUUAGCGACGUGUACGGGCGUGCCUGGGGAGCCCCUGCGGUCUACGGGCCCCCAGGAGCAGCUAGAGCUGCGCGCCAUGAUAGCUGCUCUAUCGACCUUAAUGACGCUGGCUAUCAUUAUGCCGGCUUAG